GGAUGAGGAGUAAGCAGCAUAACUGCGCAUGUGCGCGUGUGUACCAGAUCAUGUGACUCUUUCAGGGUUAGGAGCCGGACGGACAAAAGCCAAAGUCCAUUUAACGCCGCUCAAACCCGUUCGCGACUUUGGCUUCGAUAUCGUUUUCCCUCCUCCGCCCGCCCUCUUCGUCCCCGCAUCCGCCCUCUUCGCAGCUCGUCAGACUCUCGACACCAGCAAUUCAUCUACACAGCAAAAAUGUCGGCCGCUAAAGGACUCACUCCUCUGCAGAAGUAUAUGCAGUCCGAGACUGGUCCCAAGACCAUCCAUUUCUGGGCUCCGGUCAUGAAAUGGGCUUUGGUUUUUGCCGGUAUCUCUGAUCUGAAUCGUCCUGUCGAGACGCUUUCCGGAACUCAGCAGAUCGCUCUGUUUGCUACCGGUGCCAUCUGGACCCGAUGGUGCUUGAUCAUCAAGCCCAAGAACUACCUCUUGGCUAGUGUCAACUUCUUCUUGGGUGCUGUCGCUGGCGUUCAGCUCACCCGCGUCUUCAACUACCAGAGAUCUCUGGGCAAGUCCUACCCCGAGGCCUUCCAGGGUCUCUUUGCUUCGGCACAGGCUGCUACCGGUGUCAAGAUCGUUGAUACCGCUCCCAAGGCUCCUGAGCCCGCCGCGUAAGUAAAGGUCGGCUUCACGGGGCUUUUGGGUGAAACCCGGAUGAAUCUCUCGUUUGAGUUUCCUUUUCUGUUUUAUUUUUGUUUUUCGCAUUGCUGGUGGUUACUGGCAUUAAAUUGAUAUUCUACUUUAUGUACGCGUGUCUAUGUCUGCGGUGUCAUGGACUGGCUGUAUACAGUUUUGUCAAUCACCGAGUUCAGGAUGAUGUAUUUUCGCAGGUUAAUUUAGAUUAGGCAGGUCCCAAUAUAUACAAACGUUUAACAAAUACGAAAUGAUUAGAAA